AGAUUCCCACUUCUAGUUUAGAUUUUUUAAAGAUUCGUCAGGCGAGCUAAGGACACUCACUCAUAUCAAACUGAAAUAUGUUGGCAUUUCAUUUAACACUCACACAGUCGUACAUACAGUUGAUGAUAACAGUAUGGAUAAGUUUACGAUCUUAAGGAUAGUGAUUUUCUCGAUUUUGAUAGCAUACAUCAGUCAAACCGACGGAAAGAAGUGUACAAAGAAGACUUUGUAUUACGCCGCCCAGCAUUACUGUGCUUCAAUGUUAAUGUGGUGGUGUACAAGUUAUGGAUAUAGACGAAUUACUGUGUAUCAGUUUUCAACUGUAUGCUGUCCAGGAUACUAUGGAAAAGACUGUAAAACAGUUGAUGGAGGUUGGACCGACUUUGGUGCAUUUACAAAGUGGACUUGCUGUGAUGUCACAUGUGGCGGAGGCAUCACUACAAGAAAACAGGUCCGCACGUGUACAAAUCCUGCUCCUGCUCACGGUGGAAAAAACUGCUCUGGACCAAGUGUUAAAAUUGAAAAGACGGAUUGCAAUUUAACUCAAUGCCCGGAUAAAAGAACCACGACAACUGCUGAACCACAAAUCAGUGAAGAAAAAUCAGAGACAACACCAAGUCAAACAGUAGAUAACAAAACGAAUGUGAAGACGACAUCUUCAAACCUAAUAUCAUCCACUCCUACAUCAACGACACACCCUGGAUCAGGGAAACACGUAAUGAAAACAACUUCUAAAACUUUAGGAAACAAAGUGGAGAUGACUACUUCAAACGUGAUGACUCCAACAACCAUUCCGACAAACAAAUCAACGAAACUACAAUGCAAGCACGGGGUGUAUCGAGCUGAUCCAAAACAUUGUAAAAACUAUUUUCUCUGUAAUUAUGGAGUAGAAAUGCGAAUGUCGUGUCCAAUUGGAACAUUCUGGGAUGAAGCUAAGUUGAACUGCAUGCAUGCUGAUAAUGUCGAUUGUAAGAAAAGACCAAUUUCGUGAAGAAGAAAAAUAAACACGAGGAUUACACGUAUA